CAGACAGACAUGGGCUUCACCCAAAUCGUAAGCAACGUCCCGAUACACCUCACACGUGACCAUGUGCAGACAGCAGCAAACGCGUCCGACACACAGACGCACAGACACACACACACGUGACACACACACACAGUGGUUCCAUCGAUGGAUUGAUGGAUGGAUUGAUGGAUGGGUGGAUGAUCGACACCACACGUACGGCCAGCAGCUGAGCUGCCGCCAGACCAAACCACACCAGACCAAACCACACCAGACCAGACCAGACCAGCCCCCCGCCCCCCUCUCCCCAUUCACACACCAACCAAAUGGAUCAGAUCACUCAGCCCACCCCAGCCACUCUCAAGCGGCCUCCACACAACACGCCGCUCCUCAUUCACUUGUUGUCUCUGCUGUCCAGCCAGGUGGCGAUAGGCCUGGCCCACAGGGACGGCGUGGUCAGCAGCUUCGCUAUCGUCAGGUCCUCCUCUCGGACGAACGGAAAGAACUCAGCGAAGUCGUCUGUGGGCAUCUCGACCCCCCGCUCAAUCGACCAGUACUCGGCCAGGAAGUAGACCUGCCGCGCACCGACGACAAAGUUGAAUCCAGGCAGAAGCAGCCACCAGACAGCCAGCGGCUCAGUUAGGCCCCUGUUCGCGAACAGCUCGUUCACCUUCUUGUACUGAUGGUCCACACACACACACACACACACACGGAUAGAGAGAGAGAGAGAGUCCAGCACAUCCGCUGUGUCUGUCUGUCUGGGUGUGCGUACCAAGAAGUACUGGUUGAGGUAGAUCCACGCGAACGCGCCCCAGAAGGCAGGCUCGAACGUAUCGUAGUCGACGAUCCCGGCAACCACGCCAGCCACGAACGGGGCGACAACGAGUGUGCCUCCGAGACCCUUCCCCAUGAACAUUCUCAGCUCCUCCUCUAUCGCCCAUUUGUACCACAAGUACCAUGCCAAACCAAUCGGGGGAGCCAGCAGCGCGAUCCACUUUGCGGCCUUCGGCCAUCCCUUCGGGUCUCUCUCCUCGCCCACAACAGCACCGAACGAAGGAAAGGCCCAGUUCAGAUUCCUCGGCACACCCUGCAGCCGCACACACCGACAGAAGAACUUCAAGUCCGGUCGAGCCAUUCUGUCCGUUGCAAAUACAUACCGGCAGCUGCGGCGGCUCGAAAGGCAGGGCCUCUUCGUCAGGCUCGUAGGGAAGCACCUCGGGCUCACGAAUCGUCGGCUGCGGGGCGGUCCAUGGGAAGCGAAACGCAUUCAGGCGAGAUAAUGACGAGUAGCUAGGCCCGGCGGCGGCUGAGGUGGAGUGCAUAAGAGGCGCCACAGGCGAGCGGACAGGUGAUGGGGAUAUCGAUGUGAAGGUGGGGAGAGAACGGUGGACAGCUGCGGCUGCAGAGGAUGCGACGAUGCCGAGGAACGGAAAGAUCUGGAGCGGAAGGCCUUGCAUCUUGCAGAGAGGGCCUCAGAUCGCCA